AUGUCUUAUAACCCAUACGCCCGUAUGAACCAGUUCCCCAUUACCAUGACUUUGGCUCCGAAUACGAUGACUGACGGCUAUUCAUCAACAGCUCCCGGCUAUGGCCCUCCACCCACAUAUGGUGGCUUCCCCGGCGCGGGGGCGCCCAUGGGGAUGGUCCCGCCUCCCGGACUAGGACCUCCGCCAGGCAUGUCUUCCGCUCCGGGCAUGGCACCGCCACCCGGUGUGCACCAACCUAGCGCGACGCAAGCUAAUCGUCCAAGUGGUCUUCCCGCCAACUUCCAAACACCCCCGAAUCUCCCCAACAUCAACUUCAACGCCAAAGUAAUACGCCUCGGAACGUCAACGCCGAAGCCAAGCACCCCCACCGGCUCCGGGAGGAGGGGUGACGAUGCGCUUGGAGGUUCAGCAGGCCCUAGGGCGGGCCUCGGUGCCGAGCGCGGCGGCGAGCAUGGGCGAUCAUCGGCGAGAGAAAGCGCGCAGUUGUUUAUCCCAUUUUCGCAUGAGGAAAGGCUGCGGACCGUCUUUGUACACAAAAUCCCCGAGAGCGUGAGCGAUGAUAUCGAGAAGAUACUGAAUGCCGUUGGCAGGGUAAGGCGAUGGGAUUCUGCGGCAUCAGUAUUGUCGGAGAGCGCGGGGAAGAAGUUUGGCUUUGCGCUGUACGACGACGCCGAAUCGUUCGCGAAUGCGCUGGAGCUCCUCAAAGAUGUCGAGGUGCCCGUCAAGCGUCAGAAGCCCACCGAGCCCGAUACCGAGCAAACAGACGAUUUCGAAGGCAUCGGCAAAGUCAAGUUGCAGAUUUCGGUCGAUGAAAACUCCAUCAAGUAUGCUGAGUCGUACAGGGAGAAUAGGGGCGAGGAUGCGGAUGCGACGUCGAGACUAGAAUCCGCGAGGGCAGAGUUAAAACGAGUCAUCCGCGAGCUAUUUUACCCAGCGCCCGCUAAGAAGCCCGAUAAGGAUGGAGAUGUGGCAAUGGGAGAGGCGAACGGAGAGAAUGUCGAGGUUGUCAAUAUUCCCCUUGCGCAAGAAGACGAGCUCGCUGAUAUACCCGCUGAAAUGCGCGAGAUUGUAGCGGCGGAGAUCGCGGCCUUCCGUGAGCGCAGUAACAAGAGGGAUAUGGAGCGUAUGAAGAGGGAGGAGGAGCUGGAAGAGAUGGAGCGCAUGCGGUCUAGUCGAGCGCCGCGCUCCCCUCGGCCAUCUGAGUCGGCCGGAGCUAACAACAUUCCUCUUGGGCCUAGAGGGCUUCAGAAUGUACCGUCGGGACCGAAGGGUCAAAAUGGCACCGGUCGCGGCGUAACAUUUGUCAACGGAGAGAGUACUUUCGAUGAAGAUGAUACAGAUGCGAGCGACGAAGAGCUUCAGCGCAGACACCUCGCCAAGCAGAAGAGCGAAGACGAGCAAAUGUACCUAGAGGCCGAGCGGAAGUGGGUCAACCGCGAGCGGUCAAGAGCCGCUGCGCUCGGCCGUGAGAAGGACCGCGAGAAGCAAGAGGCGGAAUCGCUAGAGAGGCGGCAACAAGAACAACUUGAACGAGAAAAGUCGUGGGAUGACGAGAAGGAGGCGUCGCGGAAGGCUCACCUCUACUACCGAGAUCACGCGGCGUGGGUCCGGAAGCGAACUGGGGAUAGGGCCGACGAGCAGGCUCGAGACCAGGCCGAUCGCAGGGCAGAAGAGGAGGAGAAGCGGAGGGAGAUGGCCGAGCUGGAGAGGACGCGCGGUAUGGCCGAUUCGUUCCUCGACCAGCAGGCCAAGGAAAUGGAGCAGCGGGAGACAGCAGCCGCGCCUCAACCUUUCAAGCUCUCUCUGGGCGCCGCGGCGCAGAGGGCGCAGGCCCAACGUGCUGCACCCCAGAGGCGCACGAUCGCCGAAGUCGAGGGCCUUCUCGACGACGAAGAGCAGGAGCAGACGGCCAAGAGGCAACUCAUCCCUAUCCAAUUCGAACCCUCGGCGGCGAGCGCAAUGUCCGAAGAGGAGAUUUCCAAUGCGAUGCGCUCUCUGGCCCAGGAGAUACCCUCAGAGAAGGAUGGGCUCUGGGCCUGGGAGGUGCAGUGGGACUACCUCGACGACACUAUUAUGCGCGACAAGCUACGGCCGUUUGUUGAGAAGAAGAUUGUGGAGUACUUGGGUGUGCAGGAGGAGGUCAUCGUCGAAGUUAUCGAGGAGCACUUGCGGAAUCAUGGAAAGCCUAGUGACUUGGUGGAGGAGCUUACUGAAGCACUUGACGUUGAGGCGGAAGAUCUUGUGAAGAAGCUGUGGAGGAUGGUGAUCUUCUUUACAGAAAGCGAGAAGAGGGGUCUCCCAUCGUAG